ACCACAUGCAGGCUGUUCCCCCCCACGUGAAGCGGUAAAUGAGUCCCCGCCCCCUGAGCGUGAACCGCGACAGCCUUCCUGAAACGGGCAGGUCUAUCUACGGAUACCUCCACUGCACCGUCUCUGCGCCGCUCCUCAGGAGUCUACGGCAACGUCAGAGCCAACAUGGGGCGGAAAGAGAUCAUUUGCAGCUGGAAGAAAAGCACAAGUAACAUCAAAGAUGUGUUUGAAUUUAAAAGCAAAAUGGGAUCGGGGUCUUUUUCAGAGGUUUUUAUGGUAAAGGAAAAGAUGACUGGGAAAUUUUAUGCCCUGAAGUGUCUGAAGAAAAAACAUCUUGCCCAUAGCAACUUGGAAAAUGAAAUCAAUGUCCUGAGAAGGAUAAAACAUGAAAAUGUAGUAGGAUUGGAAGAUUUUUACGAGAGUAAAACACACUAUUACCUUGUUAUGCAACUGGUGUUAGGUGGAGAGUUGUUUGAUCGCAUUCUAGAGAAGGGGGUUUACACUGAAAGAGAUGCCAGGACAGUCAUUAAACAGGUGCUGCAGGCCGUCAGUUACCUGCAUGACAACGGCAUCGUACACAGGGACCUGAAGCCCGAGAACCUGCUGUACUAUAGCACGGAUGAGAAUGCAAAGAUCAUGGUCAGUGACUUUGGUCUGUCUAAGACACUGGAGCACGGAGUCAUGUCUACAGCUUGUGGUACACCAGGAUAUGUUGCUCCUGAAGUUUUGACACAGAAACCCUAUAGCAAAGCAGUCGACUGCUGGUCCAUAGGAGUUAUUACUUACAUCUUGCUCUGCGGUUACCCCCCAUUCUUUGAAGAGAACGAGACUCGUCUCUUUUCAAAGAUCAUGAGAGCUGAAUAUGCUUUUCAUUCACCCUUCUGGGAUGACAUCUCUGAGUCAGCCAAAGAUCUAAUCAGAAAUCUGAUGGAAAAAAACUCCAUGAAGCGUUUUACCACUGAGCAGGCGCUCAGACACCCCUGGAUUGCUGGUGACACAGCUAAAAACGUGGACUUAUAUCGAUCUGUCUUUGAACAAAUGCAGAGAAGUUUUGCUAAAUCCAAAUGGAAGCAAGCUUUCAACGCAGCAUCAGUCAUUCAUCACAUGCAGAAACUGCAGGCGUCUCAGAGUGAGCCCUGUGCUCUGCCCCUCUGCAUGCCUGACAUCACAGUACAGUCGGCCUCCCAGAAUGACCUCGGAGCAGUGGGACUCUGCCACAACAAAGGUGAUGCCCUUGACCCCAAUGGGAAUCCAGUUGCAGGCAGAGCUCUCUGUCCUCCACUGAAGCCCAGUCACAGUCAGCCGGGUCAGGCCCUCACCACAGAGGGGUCAGACGUCCAUAACUUGAAUUCAGACAGUGAUGCACCAUUUAGGUCCUCAAAGAGCAUGGACACUAUGACUCAGGCGAAGGACCCAUCUUUACAGUCCGGAGUGUGUUCUGUCAUGUGAUUGGCCAGUUAACUUGCCAGGAAUAUCAGCUCACUAUUAUAAUUCUUGUUGUUCUCUGCAGCAGAGCACACUUUAACAAUGAAAGCCACAUGUUACUUACAUGUUAUAACUACAUGUACUGUUAAAAGCAGGUAUGUUUAAUAGAUUCCCUAGGUCUCCUGUGUAAUUUGAUUGACUGAUGACUAUACUUUGUUCUAAUGAUUCUUAAAAUGGUACAUGGUCUGAACCUAUAUAGCACAUUUUAACACCCUUCCGGGACCUGGAGCUUUACACUCCCUCCUCAUUCACCCAUUCACUCUCACAUUCACACACUGAUGCCAGCAGCUGCUAUGCACCAGUGCCCACUUGAAACACCAGGAGCAACUUGGGGUUCAGUGUCUUGCCCAAGGACACUUCGACAUAUCGACCGCAGCGCGGGCUCGAACCUUGCGGAUAGAGGACAACCUCCCUAGCAACUGCGCUUCCGGCUAUUGCCGCCCUUAAAGGGUGGCUAUAAAGGGUGACUUCACAGGUUUUCAACUUGCCUGGAGUUCUAGAGGAGAAUGUCCAACCUCCUCAGAAUUAGCGUAGGUCCAGGACAACACAGACGGUGAAUCAUCUGUUUAUUGCUUGAGUUUCCUGUUAGGCUCAGACGUCAUCUCAUCUAACCACUGUCUAAGUGCAUUUCUACUGCCAAGUUGUAAUGUGUUAGAACUAUAUCAAAAAAAUGUAAUACAUGGAUUUACUUCUCAUUAAAUCACAUAUGAAGUAUUAACUUUACAGCACCACUUCCAGUUCACCUGCAGUUAGAUCACCUUCACUCAUAGAAUAGAGUACUAGAGAUGGAGGCCAACAACAGCUUACCUUCAUUCCAGAAAGCCCUGAAACCCAGCUCAAAAUCUCUGAAGUCACCUUUCAAGUAUCAGUGGAUACUUUUGCAUACGUUUGUUUUCUUUGUUUUUAUUCUAUUAAUAUAUAUGCUUCAUUUAAACUUGAGUUUGAGGUGGAUACGCUGACAUACCGCAGACACAUGCUUGCUGUAGCAUGUACAUAUGCUGCUCUUUUGUUAAGCAGAUGAACUAAUCAAGUGCCACAAACUGGUGCAAACACAAGUGAUGUCAUGGAGUAUUUGGAAUGAAAUGCAGUAACAUACCUGAUUUUUUUUUUAUUUAUUUAUUUUUAUAUAAAUAUGUGGCUACUAGUCACCUAGAGUCAUUUAUAUGUUGUUGCAUUAUAGCAUUUAUGUGGAUUAUGUGGAUUUUGAACAAACGACAAAUGCAAAGUGGAAAAUAAAUAAUGUUCAAUAACA